AUGUCGGCUAGACCUUUGAAGGUGUUGAUAUCAAAUGAUGAUGGUCCUCCUUGUCACGAAGAAUCGCCGUUCAUUCUACCCUUCAUUGAGCAUUUGGAAAGCCUUGGUUGGGAUGUCAAAGUAUGUCUCCCCGAUUCCCAAAAGUCGUGGAUCUCCAAGUCGUUCAUGAUAAAAGAGCACGUUGAAAUGAGUUACUACCACCGAGAAACAGGCGAACGUAGCUAUCAUAGACAAGCACCAUAUGAUAUUGUCCUGCUUAGUGCUACACCUGCCACUUGCAUCAACAUUGCCCUGCAUCACAUCUUCAAGGAUGAGCAAUUUGACUUGGUCAUUGGAGGUCCUAAUUUUGGACGAAACUCGGCAAACAUUUACACCUUGUCGUCAGGUACCAUUGGAGCUGCACUUGAAGCUGUCAUGAGCCAAAAGAAAGCGAUUGCCUUGUCGUUUGCAUUCUUUUCACGAGACUUUGCCAAGAACAAAAUCGAAUGUGCAUGUCAAAUGGCUUCGAAUGUGAUCCAACACUUGUAUCAGAAGGACAUGUGGCCUGCACACGGCUUAUUCAAUGUGAACGUGCCAUUGGUGGAUGAAUUACGCCCUGUACGAUUGACACAUUUCCACACCACAAGUUAUGGAAGCCUUUUCCGCCCACUCAAGGAUAAAAUGAUAAGUGAUGCGGCAACCACGAGCGAUGCAUCAGGAGAAAUGGUUGAGCAAAGCGUACGCAGUGAAGCUGAAGGCCACGAACCAGGAAAGACCAUCUUCCACUUUGCACCUGAUAUCAAGAGCAUGAGCCAUCCAGCUGAUCCAGAUUCCAACACGGAUGCCUGGGCAUUACAAAAUCGCUAUGUCUCCGUGACUCCUAUGGUUGCUGCAUACCAGAUUGCGAAUAUGGAUAAGGAUUAUGAACUCGAUUCUCUGCAUGCAAAGAUCUAA